GGAUUAAAAUUCUAAUCUGAUUCGCAAACGCAGACUCUCUCACUCCUCAUUCUUGCGGUGGAUCAAACCCUAGGAUUAUUUACAGUGCACCCUCCAGCCUUGAAAGUUUAAACAGAACAAACCGAAAAGACAUGGAGAAUUCCCGAGAUCAACCACUCCCUCCAGGUGUUCCUUCGUGGCCAAACUACGCCCAUGCCGCACCUUCCCUUCAAUAUCACUUUUCUCCCAAUUCCCCUAAUAACUUCCCACAAGGAACCCUCUCUCACUACGGUCAAGCCCCUCCCAACGCCCAAGUGGAUACUGUUUCUCACAUGCCUUCCAAACACUACGGGGAGAUUGAUGUUGCUGCUCAGGACGCUGUGUUGCGUGAACAAGAAAUCGCAACGCAAAAUGUCAUUAGGAGUCAACGAGAGGGAAGAACUGCUGCUUCACCUACCAAGGAUAAUUUAGAUGUAUUCUCAGAGCGUCGUGAUCCCAAUGCUUUGAAGGAGCAUUUGUUGAAAAUGGCCACUGAGCAUAGGGCUGAAAUGGCUGUGAAGCGCGGGAAAUCUGCACAUGCAGAAGGUAACACAGAAAUAGGUAAUGGAUAUGGUGUACCUGGUGGAGGUGCCUAUUAUGAUGCUCCUAAACUUAAUACUACUGGAGGUAGCAAUGCUGUCGGUCAGCCCGAAUCUAUUCUUGAUGAAGGUUCAGAACAAAAACCUGCAGCUAAAGAAUUGCCUGAGUACCUCAAGCAGAGGUUGAAAGCUAGGGGUAUUCUUAAAGAUGACACAUGCAUUGCAGAUAUUAAAGGCACUGCAGCUGAAGUUGCGGGAAAAGAAAAGUUACCUUCAGGAUGGGUGGAGGCCAAAGAUCCAGGAAGUGGGGCAUGUUAUUAUUAUAAUGAAAGUACUGGGAAGAGUCAAUGGGAAAAACCUCACGGAUCAUACUUAACUGAGCAAUCACCGUCAUUUUUGCAUCUUCCAGAAAAUUGGGUGGAGACACUAGAUGAAACAACAGGUCAUAAGUAUUACUACAAUACAAAAACUCAUGUAUCACAAUGGGAGCGACCUAAUUUAACUCAGGAAGUUGUCUCGGAUCACUCAGACUUGUCUGUUGGUGGUGGGUAUGAUCAAUCAUCUAAUUUACCACGUUGCAUGCAAUGCGGUGGUUGGGGUGUUGGCCUUGUUCAAGCAUGGGGUCACUGCAAUCAUUGCACAAGAGUUUUGAAUCUUCCACAAUGUCAAUAUUUGUCCUCAAAUGUGAAUAAUCAGCAAAGAAGUGCUGCACAUCCCUGUGAAAAUUCUGAUAAAAACGCUAGCAAACAGAGGUUCAGUUCGAAACCUCCAUUUGAUAAGGGAAGUAGAAAAGGGGGCAAGAAACGUGCUUAUACAGAGGAUGAUGAGUUGGAUCCCAUGGACCCUAGCUCCUAUUCUGAUGCUCCUCGUGGUGGCUGGGUCGUGGGUCUGAAAGGUGUGCAACCACGAGCGGCUGACACAACAGCAACAGGUCCUCUCUUUCAACAACGACCAUAUCCAUCACCUGGAGCUGUUCUGCGUAAGAAUGCUGAAAUUGCUUCUCAGAAGAAGAAACCAAAUUCACAUUUUACUCCUAUAUCCAAGAGGGGUGAUGGAAGUGAUGGGCUUGGUGAUGCAGACUAGGAUCAUCUAAUCAUGUUAAAUGUGCUCGCGUUUGUCUUGAUAUUUUUGCCAAAUGGAUGAAGUGUAUCAGAUACAUUUUACUCUAUUAUCCAUGAGUUAGAUAAGGGUGCAUUUCAUUGGAAAAACCAUCUGUGCUGUUGUGCAAUUAAAUAUUGUGCGACUUUCUGCAAAUACUGGUGAAUUUGCAUCACUUAUGGGCCGAGCCAUAGUUAUUCUGCAUAACCGGACUGGAUAUAUUUGAAGCAUUUUGGCUGGUGAUGAUGAAACUUGCACUCAGCUUGGUAGGAAUUCACGAGCAGAAACUGCAGAACCAUAUGAUCUUUCGUGAUUUGAAAAUUCUAUGGAGAUUGGGCAAGAAAUGAAAUUCUUAGCCUUCCUGCAUUUUGUGCUCUUCAUUUUGUUCAUCUUAUAGCGAGUCAUGCUGUCCAGAAAUAUAAAGGUUUUUCAUUAUGGUACUGUGGGACUUUAUGGUACAGAUGUAUGUAGUCUAAAUUUAGGGUUUGAGGUUUACCAUGUUGUCAUUUGUAUCAUGUUCGUUUUAGUUUUAUAUUUAUAAACAAUGAAUUGUUAAUAAUAUAUUUUUUAACAUUUUUUUGUUGUUGAUCGAAAUGUAUUAUGGGUUGGGUAAGGUAUAUGAUCAACUCUGUUAUCAAUUUAAUCAAAAUUGUCAAAAUGGUAUGGAAUGGGUUGGAUUUGUGUAAAUAUUAUUUAUUAA